AUGUGCCAGUGGUCGGUCCUCCACCACCACCACAUACCCCCGUGCCCGCGGCCCCUGACCUCGGCCAGCCACUACCUCUACUGCCCGGACGCGGUCAUCGAUCCGUCCACGGGUGAGCCCGCCGCGCCCUGCACCAAUGUCGUCUUCACGCCAGUGGCCGCUGCGGAGGGCACGGCGACGACGACGACAACAGCAACAGCAACGACCGCCAACACCGCCGCCAUCACCAUAGCGGCAGCGGGCUGGGCCUGGCACGGGGAAGCUGCCGCUGAGCCUCCAAGCUGCUGCUCGCUGGGCAAAUGCCUCAUCAGCGUCGAGUGCAGCACGGGGGCGUGCCGCGUCGAGGAUCUGGGCGGGCGUUGGGCGUGCUGCGCGUGCGGCAGGGGGGGCAACGCGUACACGACGUGCACGAACCGCAAGGUCGGCAGCCCAGACACGUUCUGCUACCACAACGUCUGCGCGGCGUGUACGGCAGACCGGUAG